CAUCACUGCGGUAAAGUGGACAUUGACACGUCAGGUUUGACGUUAACAUGGAUGGUCAGUUAUUGGUAGGUUUUUCAGCGUGAGUGUUACGUUUCUUCAUUUAGAUCGUAUAUAGCAAAGUGCACCUUUUUAAUGAUAUGUUGUCGAUGUAAGUAUCGUCUCGUGCAAUUGUAAUCAUGAAUCGUGGUGGAUCAUCGAAAGUUGUGCAACAUAACCAUUCUACAAUGCCUCAGGGUGACCAGGAUCGUGAUUUUUGGCAGCGCGAACCGACGUUAUAUACUGUGAAAGGUAUGGCCAUCCUGGAUAACGAUGGCAACAGGAUAUUGGCCAAGUACUAUGACAAAAAUUUGUUUCCCACUCCGAAGGACCAGAAAAUGUUUGAGAAGAAUCUGUUUAGCAAAACUCACAGAGCCAAUGCCGAGAUUAUUAUGCUAGAUGGUUUAACGUGCAUUUACAAGAGCAAUGUAGAUUUAUUCUUUUACGUUAUGGGACUCUCCCACGAAAACGAGCUGAUUCUAAUGAGCGUGUUAAACUGUUUGUACGAUUCGGUGAGUCAGAUUUUGAGAAAGAAUGUUGAGAAGAGAGCCGUUUUAGAUAGCCUGGACAUAGUCAUGCUGGCAAUGGAUGAGAUAUGCGAUGGAGGAAUCAUUCUCGAUGCUGACGCUUCGAGCGUUGUUCAAAGGGUAGCAUUAAGGACGGAUGAUAUCCCUCUCGGAGAACAGACAGUCGCACAGUCUCUGAUUGUGCUACAGUCCGCAAAAGAGCAACUGAAGUGGUCUUUAUUAAAAUAAACUAUGUCAGAAGAUCUAACGUGUAUGUGUAUCAAAUUAAUCUUUUCAAAUAUAAAAGUAUUAUACAUUCCUUA